ACACGGCCAGUUUACGAUUUGUGCUUUCAACUGUCGGACUGAUUUUUGUUUUUGUUUCACAAUAAACCGUUCCUUGGACGUUUUCAACCCAACAGAACGUGGACGCAAAUCUCCACGAUGGCAAAGAAAUUACUUAUUGUGGUUACCUUGAUGCGGUUUUGCAUAUGUCAGCAGUACGGACAACCAGGAGGUCAAGACGGUUACUCGUCCUCGGGAUCGAAUAAAUAUGGUGCGUCUGGAAAGCAACCAGGAUCUAAUGGAGCUAACGGAUUACAAGGCCAAGGACUGGGCGGACAAAAUGGAUAUGGUAACAGCCGAGGUCCGGGAAGUCAAGACGGUGGCAUAUCAGGCUCCUCUGGCUGUGGUCCCGACGAUAACAAUGUCGGUGGAAAUUUUGGAAGUGAAAUAGGUGGCGGCAGUGGAGGAUACGGAGGAAACAGUGGAGGAUUUGGUCAAGGUGCCAGUGGUGGAGGUUAUGGCGGUAGAAACGGUGGUGCGAGUAAUGGAGGAAGUGCAGGGCACAGCAGUGGGGGCAACGGUUUAGGUGGAAAUGGAGGUUAUGGCAACAACAGGAACGGUGCAGGGGGUAACGGAGGUAGUGCGGGGUACAACAGUGGAAGUAAUGGGCUUGGAGGAAAUAGUGGUUACGGUGGCAAUAGAAACGGUCUUGGAGGCAGUGGAGGUUAUGGCAAUGGUGGUAGUAGUUUUGGUGGAGCCGGUGGAGCCGGAGGAUAUGGCAGUGAAAACGCUGGCGGCUCCGGAGGUGUUGGAGCACAACACAGUGGUAAUGGAGGUAGCGGAGGAUAUGGCAGUGGAAGUGGUGGUCAAGGAGGUAAUAGUGGAUUGGGGGGUAACUAUGGUCAAGGAGGUAAUGGUGGAUUCGGAGGUAACGCCGGUAGUGGAGGUUUUGAAAGGCACGACAGUGGAAAUGGUGGAAACUAUGGCCAAGGGGGAAAUAGUGGAUCUGGAGGUAACUAUGGUCAAGGGGGUAAUGGUGGAUCUGGAGGUAACUAUGGUCAAGGGGGUAAUGGUGGAUUUGGAGGUAAUUCUGGUGGUGGAGGUUUUGGAGGACCCAAUGGUGCAAGUACAAAUCCCAAUCAAAAUGCUCCACCUGCUGCUAAAGUGAGUUUUAACAGCUACUUUGGUAGCUCUGGACGAGGUGGACGAGGCCAAUCCGAUGGACCUAACGGUUUCGGCUCGCGCAAUGGUGGUUCUUCCUUUGGAAAUCAAAACCGUGGUGGAACUGGAGCUGGGGCCUACGACAACCAAUCUGGCGGAGGAUCAGAGUCAUACGGCAAUCAAUCCGGCGGAAAUUCAUUUGGCGGUCCAAAUGGAGGUAACUCAGGUUCAUAUGGCGGUUCUUCUGGAGGCGGACAGUAUGGAAGUGACGCCAGUGGCGCAAGCGCUGGAGCUAGACAAUAUGGUGGAAGCGGAAGAGGUUCGAAUGGAGGUAACUCCGGACCGUCUGGUUCAAGUGGAAAUGGCUAUUAAGCAAACGGAUCGAAAAUUUCUAUUUUUAAAUUAUUUGUAAAUUAAUAUUUAUUUUAUGUAAGACAACAUUUUAUAAAUGUUUUAAUAAAUUCUAUGUAA